AUGCCGCAUUGUCUGUAUCGACAGUCAACACAGAGAGCCGCGGCGUGGGGAUCAAGCAGAGAGGAUGAAUUAUUGAAAGCUGUGAGAAGCAACGAACCAUUGCGUCUAACGUUCACUCUUCACUUGACCGAGAGUACAUCCGUCGAGUGGGAGACCGUAGCAUGGCGCCGCUGUCUAUACAUUCGCGUACCAAGCUGCCUUCUACCCGAAGGAUCAAAAGAGGGCUUUGUCUCGCUCCUAGAAUACGCCGAAGAAACACUGCGUUGCACCAAUAUCAUUGUCUGCCUUCGCAAAGAUAGAUCAGAUCGAGCAAUGCUGGUUCGUACCUUCAUGUUCUUGGGUUUCACGGUCCUGCCGCCGACUCAUGCCUUGGUACCGCCAGGCAGUGACGCUGGCAAUCUCUACAUGCUCUAUGCCAUCGAGUAAUCGGCAAGCAGUUCUCUGCCUCUCUCAAAUUUAACGCGCAGGUACUACCAUAAUCGAGUCUGAGGAAAAAUUCUGAAAAGUGAAACAAUUGGAAAAUUCUGGGAAAUGACACAGAUUUUUCUUUUAUAUUUUAUGUUUUGCUGUAUGUGCAUAUUGCGUUAUCUUAUUAGCUGCAAAUUUGGAGAUUUAUAAUUUUGAAAAAAAACUUAUUUUUAAAAGAUUACACCUAUUACAGAAAAACCUUGGCGUUAAAUUGAAGAGGCUUGAUUUAAAAAACAAAAGAAAUUAUAGUCGCGAAUACGUAGAACGCGUAUAUAAAAGGCUUUCGAUGGAUAUAUCGAUUCAUUCUCUUGAACACAAUGUUAAUAACUCUUCUAAGAGUAUAUAAACUGCUGACAAAGCUUCCCACGUGAAAGAAUUUGACGGAAUCUGUAGUUGCGUAUUAACAACUGAACACGGCAACAAACUGUCAAAUUUUAGAGAAAAUUUAUUAUCGAUAUAUCUCAAUGUUAAUUGUGGCAGAUUGGGUAUCACCGCGUUAUUCUUCGUAAUAUAUGUAUAAGUACAUUUGCUUAUUAUUUUUAAGUAUUAUCAAUGUAUAAUCUAAGGCUUUAAUAUCUGUUAUGCGAGUACCAGUAAAAUCUAAUAAGUUUGAUCGCUUCCGUUUUGUCAUCUAAAGGCGAUAUCAUUUGUGAUUAACUGAUAUUCUUUGUAACAUGUGCAAUUAUCUUCUUUUAUAAGUCUGAAUAAUUCUUGUUUAUUACCAAAAAAAAAAAUUGCGCAAGCAUCAAGUAAAAAUAAGAUAAAAUUUUAAUGUCCGGGUUAACUUUUUAUAGAAUCUGAAUCUUUAUAAUUUUUAUUUUCGAUUAAAAAAAUAAAAUGAUCAAUAACUUAAGAUAACUGCUGCCAUAUGGAUGGCACAGCACAUUGCAAAUUUGAGUAACUAUGAAUCAUCAAAACAUCACGAACUUUAUGUUGAUAAUUGGACAUGAAUAAGAAAUUUCACUCACAUUUUUCUCAAAGUAUUUAAAUAUGGAAGGUACUGAAUUAUUAUAAAUCUUAUUUAUCGUUAUAUACUUAAGUCCUAUAUCUUAUUAAUUUUUUUUAUAGUAUAUUCUUAGGUGAUAGUAUAUCUAAGUAACAGUAUAUCUCUGGUAAUUCCCAAUCAGUUAACAUUGAAGAGAUUUUGCUAAUAAAUGCGUUCUUUAGUGUUGACUUGAUAACAGACAACAUAAAAAUAAAAAUAUAAAAAAAAAUGAAAAAAACCAGAAAAAAAACAAAAAAAUGUUAUUAGCUUAUUAGGAAUAUAGAUAAGUACAGAGUGACGGACUAUUGUAUGUUAACUUCACGCAAAUAAUUAUCGAUUUGCCUCGAGUUUUUAAAUUGAACUAUUCCGUGCAUUUUAUCCCGUCAGUUAGUAUUAUAUAUUCGUACCUCUGACCAUACAUACACAUGAACACACACAUACACACAUAUAUAUGUGUAUGCAUACAUACGUACAUAUACACACAAACACACACACACUUACAAAAGUGAAUAUGUAUGCUACGUUUCUUAUUCAUACAUGAAAACAUAAUUGCUAAAUAAAUAUUUAAUAAAAUCCAAUAA